AUUGAAUUACAAGCGUUACAAGGUCAAAGUAUGCUAGAGAAUAAUGUGGAACGUGAGAAAGAAAUGGAAAGAUUACGAGCAGAGCUUGUCGAUGCUACAAAAGUAGCUCGGGAACUUUUCGGUGAUACGAUAAACAGUAGAAGAAUUGAUGUUUCAAGUGCAGAAAUGCAAUGUAAAAUUACAGCGCUUAAUGAGACUGUUGACAAGUUGCAUUCGGAAAUUAAGCAACACGAAAUGGAAAAUGAUAAACUUACGCGUAAUUUAGAGAUGAAAGAUAUUGAAAAUCAGAGAGUAAACGCUGAACUAAAAAGAUUACGAGAGGAAAUAUUUGGAAGUGCAGAAGAUGAAAUUAGUCGUUUGGAAAAACAGCUUAAUUAUCGAGAACAGCAGAUUGAAAAAUUAACAGCUAAAUGUUCAUUGUUACAAGUUGAAUUAAGCUCUAUGUUUGAUGCUCCCGAUCAGAAAAUAGCAAGUUCUGUUUUUGCAAUGAAUUUCGUCAAGAAAUCAUUUAUACCGGAAGAAGGCAAAACAGAUGAUAGAAGUGAAGUGGAACUGGAAGAAUCAGUUGAAGAUGAUGUUAAUUUGUCGGAUAAAAUAAAAGAGUGUGAUACUGAAUGGAAGACAUAUCCGGAGGGCAUAUUAAAAACUCAAAAAAAGCCUUUAAAAUUGGCUGAAAAGAAGGAGGAACACGGAAGGGGCCUGGAAAGUUUGGAAGCCAGCGCGUUGAUCAUUUCAUCACUCAAUCAUGAAUUGAUGCUACUCAUGCAGGAAUUAGAUGAGAAAGAUCGCCAGUUGCAAUGCAUGGAGAAAAGUGUGGAACAUGCAGCAAGCAAUAUUGACGAAUUGAAAGUGAAUUAUUUUAAUUUGCAAAAGAAAGUAUCGGAGAAUGAUAUGACGCAAUACAAUAAAGCCAUGGAUGAGUUACGUGAAAAAGUACAAUGUUAUGAGAUUGAAAUUGAGGAACAUCAGAAAUUAGCCAAUUCGAUACGCUUAAGUGGAAAUGAAAUACAACAAAAAGUAGAAGAAAUGAAUAGACAAGUGAUAGCGGAACGAUUGCGAAAUCUUCAACUCAUACGAAAAUUGGAAAUUGUUGAACGAAAUCGAAAUAAUCAAAAUGUUGAAUAUAGGAAACUUGAGAGAAACUAUCAGGAACAGUGCCUGUUACAUAUGAGGCAAUUUAAAAUUGCCAAUUAUGAAUCAGAUUUAGCAACAAUUGAGAUAGCACGUCUUCAGACACUUUUGUUACAUUCUGUUCCUAAAAAAGAUUAUGAUGAAUUACUGUCACAACAUAAACAAUUGUUAGCUUCUGAUGACAAUUAUAAAUCGAUAAAUGAUUUCAAAAAUGAUCAAAUGAAAAAUGAAUACAUCGUUGUAAAUCUUUUGGAGAUGAGUGAUGAAACAAAAAAUGCUGAAAUUGCAGUAGAAAAUGCACACUUAAAGGAAAUGAUAAAUGUUCUAAGAAGCCAAAAUGAAUAUUGGCAAAUUGAAGUGGAGAAAAUUCGAGAGCAAAAUACUGAAAUGAUGCAUUUUCUGGAAGAUAUUGAAAGUGAAUCACAAAUGAAAAGUUUAUUGGUUGCCUUAGAAAGACGCUUUCUAAAAGCACUUUCGGAUCAAGCGAAAUUUUCACAAAAUCAAAAAUUAACUGAUCAUCAAUUGCUGGAUCAACAGAACGAAUUUGCUAAGAAAAAACGAAGUUGGGCAAAUGAGAAGAAAAAAUUGAUCCAAAUGAUCAGAUCAUUGCAGCUACUCUUCCAGCGUAUGCGAUCAAAUUCAAUGGAAUUACUAACUGUAGAACAAAUGCUACAAUAUAAGAAAAAAUUUAUUGAGAUUAAUGCUAAUUAUGCAAAAAGUCAGAAGUAUAAAGAAGAGAAUCAUAUGUUGAAAUGA